AUGGCCGAGCUCAAGGCGCUGGGCGGCGAGUCGUACCUGGCUCUGGCGCAGAGCUACAACCCGGCGGCGUUCGCCUUCGGCGCCGUGCGAGGCGCCGGCGACGCCGCCCGCGUCUUCCCCGGCGGCGCGGGCGCCCUGGACUUCCACGCCGCGCAGCUGGACAAGUCGGCGGAGAGCAGCGGCGAGCAGAGCGGCGACGAGGAGGACGCCUUCGACGGCGGCAAGGCCGGCAGCCCGACGUUCGAGCGCGACGGCAAGCUGAAGGCGCCCGGCGCCCUGGGGGCCAAGAAGCAGAAGGAGCCGCGCUCGCUGCGCCUCAGCAUCAACGCCCGCGAGCGGCGGCGCAUGCACGACCUCAACGACGCCCUGGACGGCCUGCGCUCGGUCAUCCCGUACGCGCACAGCCCGUCGGUGCGCAAGCUCUCCAAAAUCGCCACCCUGCUCCUGGCCAAGAACUACAUCCUCAUGCAGGCGCAGGCCCUCGAGGAGAUGCGGCGCCUCGUGGCCUACCUCAACCAAGGCCAGGCGCUCAGCACGCCCAUCCCGGCCACGCUAGCCCCCUUCGGACAGUCGGCAGCCGUCUACCCCUUCACGGGCGCCGCUUUGCCCAGCUGCCCCGAGAAAUGUACUGCCUUCCCGGGGGCCGCUUCCGGCCUUUGCAAACACUGCAACGAAAAACCUUGA